AUGGCUGAAUCUGGUGGAUUUUGGGGUGAAUUUUGGGGUGAAUUUGGGCCAUUUUGGGGCUCCCAGAUCCGACAAUUGGCUGCCGUUCUGCUCCGGAGGCGUCUCAGGAAACUCCCCGAGGAUUUGAUUGACAGGCUCCCUCACAUCGUGGUCGAGGCCUUGGAGCGAGAGACGGAUUCUUGCAGCAGAGGAGCCCUGGGGCAGCUCGGGGCGAAGCUGCUGCUCCUGGGAGGCCCCAAAUUUUGGGAACCGUUGGAAAAAUGGAUCCAGGAGGCGGCGAGGGAACCCCAGAAAAAGGAGGGGGCGCUGCGCUUGGUGGGCGUGGCCUUGGGCGUGGCCGGCCCCGCCCUCUCCCCCCGAGGCCCCGCCCUCCUGCCCCUGCUCCGGGGGGGACUCCGAGGAGACCCCGGAACCGUCGGAGCCGCCCUGGGGGCCCUGGGGGCGCUCGUGGCCGUUCUGGGACCCAAAAAAACGAAGUUGCUUCGCUCGCUGGUCCCUGAGGUGCUGGCGGCGCUGGAGGAGCUGCUGAGGCUGGAUGAGGACCGUGGCGCUGACGCUCUGGAGGUCCUGGAUGAAUUCCUGGAAGCCAAUCCUGAAUCCCUGAUCCCACACCUGAGGCCCAUGCUGGAGCUCUGCCUCCAGGUGGCCGGGGAUGAGUGCAGAGGUGACACCGUGAGGGUUCGGGCCUUGGCCACGCUGACGUUCCUGGCCCAGAAGAGACCCAGGGCCCUGCUCAGGGGGGGUCUCCUCCCGCAGCUGCUCCGGGGGCUCCUGGUUCCCCUCUGUGCCCCACUGAGGCCCCAAAGCGCCGACCCCGAGGAGAGCUGGCCACAGGGGGGGGAGGGGCGGCCCUGCCCCCGCCACGGCGCCGCUCAGGUUCUGGAUGCUCUGGCCCAGGGGCUGCCCCCCGAAAAGCUGCUCAAGGAAUUGUUGCCGCUGCUGGAGGGGCCGGGCCGAGGCGGUUGCGCCGGCGGCCGCAAGGGGGCGCUGCUGGCGCUGGCGGCGCUGGCGCGCGGCUGCGGCUCCGCCCUGCGACAGCG